AUGUUAAAAUUGUGUAGCGAUAGAAAAAUUCUUGUUGAUGUCUUCAAUUCAUGUAUUCGACAAUUAUAUGCAAAAGAGUAAGUUUCUAAGUGUCAUCAAUGAAAAAGUUUAGCAACAAAUAUAAUACGAAAAUAUAAAAAUAUAAAGAAUCUUUUUUGAGAGUUAAACUUCGUAAGGGAACGUGUAAACCAAAAAUAUUUCCUAUCAAAUUUCUGGCUACUUCCUGCGAGGAUAAAACGCCUAAAGAAUUUUGCAUUGAUAAACCGAUGAAAUGGCCAAGUGGUAAUCGAGCCAAUUUUAAGUUUCACGGAGAAACUGAAGCUAUAUUAAACGAGCAAAUAAAUACGGAACUAAAAGCUUUCUACUAUUAUCUGUCCAUGGCUGCAUAUUUCGGACGUGCUGACGUAGCGUUGCCUGGAUGUGAAUCAUUUUUCAUUCAAAUGCAUCACGAAGAACAUGAACAUGCUAUCAGGUUCCUAAAUUAUAUCAAAAUGCGCGGAGGCCUUGUAAAUUUGUAUCCAGUACAACCUCCUAUUGAUCAAGACUGGAAAUGUCCAUUACAUGCUUUCAAAACGGCAUUGGAUUUAGAGAUGGAGGUAGCCGAGAAGCUAGUAGCAGUAAAUACUGUGGCAGAGAAACAUGGCGAUUUAAAUGCAAGCGAUUUUAUUAUUACGGGUUUUAUGGAAGAUCAGAUGAAAAGCGUGAAUGAAAUGGGAAGAUUUGUAGCUGUUCUCUCAGGGAUUGGUGAUCAAUCGUUGGCUCGUUUUAUAUUUGAUAAAGAUUUACUUCAACACUACGUCCAACCGAAAUUUAACAUCCUUCGUUUAAAACUACGACCAAACGAAACUGACGAAUAGUAUUUUCCAUUGCUUUAUGUCGUAAAAUAUAAUACGCGAUGUAUGUAUUAUAUUUACAUGUUUUAAAUAAUAAUAUAUAUAAAUGUCAUUUAAAUCACAAUAAAAAAAUUGAUUACGAUUCAAAUUUAUUAAAUUUCUUAAAAAGAGUGGAAUAAUUAAUGAAAGUUUACAUUGGUAAUGUAGAUUCAUUCGAAAAUCAAUUACUUUGUAGAAUUAUAUAAAAUGUAACUGUUCAUACAAUUUUAGAACACACCAAAUAUCUAUGAAUAUCAGCCGUUUAAUGUCAUAUGUUGGAAAUGAUCAGUAUGGCGGAACUAUUGCAUACAUCUAAUUGUGAAGAUAAAGCUACUAUAAAAACGGACAUUCUGGUGACUAAGUUGUUUCUCUGAUCCUAAAUUAAAUACAAUAUUGAAGUUUAUUUAAAUUUUUUAUUCAUUUUGUUAGCGAAUUUUAA